CUGUUAUUUCUUGGAAGCCUGACUACUUAUAAUAUGUGAGAUGUCCCGUCGGCUUUCAUUUUUCAUUCUUUCUCAUCCGUUCGGAUGAGGCGUGCUCCCCAACUCCGGAAAUCCAGUGAUGACGAGGUUAGCGUCGCUGAGGUCUCCACAAAAAUCUUGUCAACGGGCAUUUAUAACUGGACUCAUCAUACCAUUACAUCCGAAAUUUACGGCUUCGACGCUGAUAAAUACAUUAUAUCUCCCUACCAUGGCUUUCAAAUAGCCUAUCUUGCAUCAUCGUACAUCCGACCAAGAGGCGAAAGCAUUAGAGGAUUAUGUCCUCACGUAAUCCGGGCGAGAUUUCUCAGAAUGCUUCAAAGUCCAGUCACCGGACUGCUCUAGCUUGUGCACCCUGUCGUCUUAGCAAAACCAAGUGCAAUGGUCAAGAUCCAUGUGUUCGGUGCACAGACCGUGGCAUCGUUUGUAUGCCCGGAGUGAAGCGCAGAAAGCCGGUUAGAAAGUCGGCGAUUCUAUCUUCGAAUGAGAGUGCUAGGACAGACGAUGUUGAGGCUCCAGAAUCGACGGCUCAAGCCGAUCUACUGAAACAAGAAGUUCAUUGUAGUAUUUGGGGCUCAGAAGCGUCGGAAUCUUCAACCAUGAACUUACACUAUGGGCCAUCUUCGACUUUUGUGUUCCUGCAACAACUCCAUCGUUUUCUCCUCGGCAGUGGGGCUCCGCGGCAAAGUACGAUAAGUAGUUGGUCGACAAACUACACGUCAGAGGCAAUCAGCGAGUUUGGGUACAGUGGCAUCUUCUAUGGAAAUGGUUCAGAUAACAAUGAAUCUCCGGCAGGGAUCUCUCAGGAACUCCCACCAUUUGACCUUGCAGCCACCUUUCUUGAAACGUACCUAGCCACUGUUCAUUAUGUCGUUCUAUUCUGCGACCAGGGAACUCUAAGGAAGCUUUUCUAUACGAUGUACUCAGCUCCAACCAGCAAUCAAAACUCCAGAGAUUCAACCUUGGUGAUGAUUGUGCUGGCCAUAGGAGCCUUUCUAUCCAGCUAUCCCAUCUGGGCGGAUUCUCUGCAUCGGGGAGUCACGUCUCGGCUAGACAGCUGGGGCGAUUCUGUAAGCCUCAGAAGUGUUCAAAUUUCCAUGCUUCUGUCAGAGUAUGAACACAGUCAUGGACGGCCGAACUCGGCGAUGCUGGGAAUAGGGCGAGCAGUACACAAGGCCUUCGCCGUUGGUUUGCACCGAGAUAUGCCAUCCCAGGGGGGUACGAGAGACUCUACCGAAUCCGACCGAUCUCGAGAGCGUCAGGCUACAUUCUGGUCGCUAUUCGCACACGACAGAAACGUUUCUCUUUCGUUGGGUCGACCUGCGUCGAUUAAUGAACUAGACAUCAACAUACUAGAUCCGACAUGGGAUGUCCGACUCAUGGCUGCCGUUACUUUGGCCAGAAUAACAUACAAGGUUAAUUACAAUAUUUACGGCCGUAACAGAGGCUCCGUAAGUGAUUUCUGUCAAAAGGUUCAAGCGAUCUACGAUGAGAUGAUAUGUUUUCAUAAAUCUCUACCUGUGGAUCAGAAGUUUCCUCUUUUCGAGUCGGAGCUAGGGCAGUAUUCCGCCAAUCUCACCGCUAGUCAGAUGAUACUAGCCUUCCAUUUUUUUCAGACGAUGAUAAUUGCUCUGCGUCCCUGCUUGGUGCUUGAUGCCGCAAGGAGACGCAGCACUAAAAAAUCAACCAUCCCAAACGAAUCGGUGAUUUGGCUUAAUGAUGCCGUUGACAGGUGUAGGAACGCAUCUAUUCAUAUCAUCAAUGUCUUUGCUCGCGCAAUCAAAGUUAGUUCCUUCAUAUGCUAUAUGCGACACAGUCGAUUUUUUAUCGAAGCUGCAUGCUUUGCUUUGCUUUUUGAUGUUAUACGGGACCCAGCGAGAGAUGGCUGCGAAAGGAACUUUGAAGCUAUAGCACAAGGUCUCCACUGCUUCACGCUUCUUCCUACCGACCGAUUAUUAAUGAUCAGUACUACUGGUGUCAGUCGGAUUCUACAGCUCACCGAAGAAAUGGUUGCUAAGACGAAAGCGGAGGCGAACCAGAAGGUUGACAAUGAGCCCCCUUCAUCUAUGGCUUUCACGAACGAGCCCACCGGUUUUGACCAGGGUCAGGCAUUAGGUGUAGGAUUAUGGGAUGACGCGGGAAUUUCUAACAACGACAUUUUCGAUAUGAGCUAUUACCUUUGGUAUGAGGAUCCAGCGUCACUUGGUGCUGAAUGAAGGUGGGGAUUGGAAGCCAGCUGCCACUUUUGUUGACAUUAUCUCUGAGUUUAGUUGUGUAAUGAGAAAUGUUGUAAACUAAUUAUUUAAUAAGGCUAUAAGUAUAGAAAUCUAUUUAAAAACGCUGUGACUUUUCUAAUAAUAUGAUUUGGGUGGGCGAAGUUAUAAUUAUCCAG